CUCUGUGGUGCCGUUUGUUGACCUGAUAACUAGUUAGCUGCAGGACGGUAUCCAUACUCCGGGAGGUAGCUGGAGGCGCCGCGCAGGACGAACAGAGGAAGUAGAAAAAAGAAAAACAAAACCACGUUUAUGGCCGUCUGGAUCUUCUUUAAUUUCUUUCGGUUUCUUUUUUCCUUGCAAAUUUCCAUCUCCGAGUCCUGCAACUCCCCUGGUUGUUGUUGCUGUUGCUGCUGGUUGCUGCUGUGUUGAUACCGCGAGCCAGCGCUUCAAGAUGGCCUCUGAAGACUCCGAAAAGUCGCCCGUCGAGCAGAAGACGGGGCUGGACAAGGAGAUGCCGGUCACUUCCGGCGCAUCUCGAGAUCUCGACCAGGCGUAUCGCUUCUUGCAGCAGUAUGGGGAGUCCGGGGAGAGUGCGCAGGCCAGCGCUGCUGAGCUGAAGCGCAUCCGCUGGAAGGUCGACCUCUACAUCAUCCCGAUCAUGUUUGUCUGCUACACCAUGCAGUUCAUCGACAAGGUCUCGCUCAAUGUGAGUUCAUCUUCUUGUUUCUUCAUUUCGUGUAGAUGCGUUGUCGCAGAGAUUAAAGGAUGUCUUCUAUAACUUAGUACGCAGCUGUUAUGGGCCUCAACAAGGACCUCAAGCUCAAGGGGAACAACUUCUCAAACGCCGCCACGGCCUUCUUCAUCGCAUACCUCAUCGCCGAAGUCCCAACCGGAUACAUUUUGAACAAGAUAUCUGCGCCCAAAUGGCUGGCGCUCAACGUCACGCUCUGGGGCAUAUCAACCGCCUGCACAGCGGCUGCCCGGGACUACAAGACCCUGCUCGCGGCUCGCAUCUUCUUGGGCAUCUUCGAGGCUGCCAUUGCGCCCUGUCUGGUGCUCAUCAGCAGCCAGUGGUACACCAAGUCCGAGCAGGCGCCGCGAUUCUGCAUCUGGUACUCGGGCCUGGGCCUGGGACAGAUCAUCGGCGGCCUCGUCUCGUUCGGCUUCCAGCAUGUCAAGAACCCCGAUUUCACCGGCUGGAAGGCCAUGUUUGUCGUCCUGGGCGCUGUCACUUGCGUGGCCGGCAUCGCGACCUACUUUAUCAUUCCAGACAGCCCCAUGAAGGCGCGCUUCUUGACCGAAAAGGAGAAGGCCGCCCUGCUCAAGCAUGUCUCCUGCAACCAGACCGGAGUCAUCAACACCAGCUUCAAGAUGGCCCAUAUCAUUGAGACGCUUCUCGACGUCCAGAUCUGGUUCAUGACCAUCAUCACUACCUUGAUCUCCGUAUCGAGCGGAGUGGUGACGACCUACUCGGCCACCCUGAUCAAGAGCUUCGGCUACUCUGCUCCUAGAUCUGCCCUGCUCAACAUGCCCAGCGGUGCCGUAUCCAUCAUCAGCACUGUCGUCAUCGGCUUCGCAAUCCGCUACAAGUUGUACCGCUCCGUUGGCAUUGUAGCCUGCUGCAUCCCUGGAAUUAUCGGCGGUGCUUUGCUUUCCUUUGCGCCAGAGCACAACCAAGGAGCUCUCUUGGCUGGCAUCUACCUCGUCAACUCCAUUGUUCCAACCCUCAUUGUCAUCUACCAGUGGCUGGCCUCCAAUGUUGCUGGCAGCACCAAGCGUUCUGUCAGCGCUGCCCUGGUCACCGCGAGUUUCAGCAUCGGGAAUAUCAUUGGGCCCCAGACCUUCCAGGCAAAGGAUGCCCCUCGCUACAUCCCAGCCAAGAUCGCCGUCCUGGCUACUCAGGCCUGUGGAGCUGUGCUCGCAGCCUGCCUGCUGGGCUACUACAUCUGGGAGAACAAGCGGAGGGACCGGGUUGCGGCGCAGAACUCCCAGGCCCUGCCCGUCUCGGAGGAUACCACUCUGUCCCAGACCACGUCCGCCGAGCAGAAAAAAUGGGACAACCUGACUGACAAGGAGAACUUGACUUUCAGAUACGUCUACUAGGAGGGAUUUCUACAUCUAACAAAUUACAGGUAUCUAUCCUUUUUAUGGUUGUUUCAUUUCGCCCUUAUUCGUAUCAGUUGUCCUUCAAUGCGCCAAAAGAACCAUUUAUUGUAUAUAUUUAUUCCCUGGAGACUUCAGCUUAAUCUCCUUUCUUUUCUCGCAUGAUUGACUCCCAGACUGUCAGAAUCGAUGAAGAAGAGAAGAGUACAUAGUCUUGACCGUAUAAAAAUAGAGAUAUAAGCUAUCUUUGCUUGCUGCGACCCCUUGAGAAAAUACGAGCACCAACACGAAGACCCAGCAACACGCAAUUAAGACUAAUUGAUAGCGUUACUUAUGUGCAUCAAUGGUCUCUAUGCAAAUGUUGUUAUUCUUACACUUAAACUAUACGACGUCGUAGAGUAUCAUCAGAUCCGUACGAGGCGGACGCUCGUGUUGCGGAUAUUUCGACCUUCAAGGCGCUAAGUCGGAUGCAAUUACACACCUACCGCGGGCAUUUACGU